CUCUCUCUCUAUAUUUUUUAAACAAAGGGAGGAAGGUAGAAGCUUCAAAACAAAAGUGUGUUGACCCAAGCUAUUAUAGGAAGAGAAAGGGAUUAACCAGAAAAAGGGAAGAAAAGGGAAAGAAAGAAGAGGAAGGAGAAGGCAAGAAGAAGGAGAAAGGAAGGAAAGGUGAUCAAAUUCAUGUCUUCGGAUGGUGGGUUGUAGGGAAAGAAAGGGAAAUAUGAGAGGGAAAGUGAGAUUAUAGAGAAGAAGAAGAAGAUCAGAGUUAGGAGCAGCAUAGUUCAUAAGGCACUCCUCUCCCUUGAAAACACAUAUUUGUUGGAUGUUUACAGGAGAGAAACAAGUGCGACUCUCUCUCUCCCCUGCUCUCCUUCAACUCUUAUAGUACGGUAUCCACUUGCGGACCUUGAAGAUUUGAUUGAUGAAUUGGUUUAGAAACAAAGAGGCCAAUCGCAGCACUGAUACUAGAGAAAGAUUUGGGCCAAGGGAAUAUAGCUAUGAAAAACUAGCAGAUGCAACUGACAAGUUUUCCAACGCAAAUCUCCUUGGCGAGGGUGGUUUUGGUCAAGUCUACAAGGGAUUACUAGAUGGCAAAGUUGUUGCAAUUAAGAAACUUAAACAACUUCCGGAUGAACAGUGGAAAGAAAAAUUGGAGCUGGAGAUUAAGGUUGUUAGCAGUGUUAGCCACAAAAAUCUUGUUAAGCUGAUCGGAUACUGUAUUGAAGGAGCCAAUAGAUUGCUUGUUUUAGAGUAUGUUUCCCAAAAAUCAUUGAAAUUUAAUUUACAUGGAAACCAGAUUUUGGAGUGGAAGAAUAGAAUGAAAAUCGCUAUCGGCUCAGCUAAAGGGUUGGAAUAUCUACAUGAACUAUGUAAACCCAAAAUCAUACAUCGUGAUAUUAAGGCUGAUAAUAUUCUUGUUGACGAUAAAUUUGAACCAAAGGUCACAGACUUUGGACUUGCCUUGUUUUUUCCAGAAACAGGUAGCUUAACUCACAUCUCUAGAUCAAAUAAUGAGGGAACUGAAAUUUAUGCAGAUCCAGAGAAUUAUCAUACUAAAAAAAUCUCAGAAAAGUUAGAUGUUUAUGCCUAUGGAGUAGUUCUUUUAGAGCUAAUAACAGGGAGAAAAACUAAAUUCGAAGGCAUGGAUAUUAUUUCUUGGGCAAAACCUCGGAUUGAAUAUAUUUUACGCAAUGGAGAUUACACAUAUCUUGUAGAUUCUAAAUUACAAGCGAACUACAUCGAAGGAGAAUUGAAAAUAAUGAUUUUUUGCGCUGCAGCUUGUGUAUAUAAACCCUCAAACUUUCGCCCACCAAUGAAACAGAUAGUUCGAGCUCUUGAAGGAUACCUGCCUAUAAAGGAUAUAUGGGAUGAGAAGGAUGACAUCCAAUUCCUUAAUAACAAUCCCAAUCUUGAUAGAUCUCAUAAUGUUGACAAGUUUCAACAUAUGGUACCGAAGCCUCUUAUCAUUUCAGAAGCUAGUAAUGGCAAUGAGUUGAGGGAUUUUACUCAACAGGAACUUAUGGUAGCAACUAAGGGCUCCUAUAAUAAUACCACUAAAGGCAUUGAGAGGUUUCAAGAUCAUUAUGAGCCGAAAAGUUUUAAUUAUCGAGAUCUAAUAAUAGCAACUGAAGGUUUCUCUGAGGACAACCGUCUCGCCGAGGGUCCUUUUGGUCUAGUCUACAAAGGAGACAUAAAUGGUGAAAAGGUGACUAUUGCAAAAUUUAGUAAUCCCAAGAAGCAUGAUGAAGAAUACGAGAAGAUGAAAGCCAUCGGGAGUGGCAUCCACCACAAAAAUCUUGUUAACCUUAUUGGAUAUUGUGAAGAAGGAGCUAAUAGACUUCUUGUUUAUGAGUUUGUUCCGCGGGGCAAAUCUUUGAGAUAUUAUUUAAAAGGAGAGGAGCAAUCAACUUUGGACUGGAAAACCAGAAUGUCAAUCUUGGAUAGCGUUGCAGAAUUAUUGUGUUUUCUGUUAGAGCAAGGUAAAUUCUAUAACAGAGAUAUAACAGAGGAUUGGAUAGACGAUUUUCUAAUUGAUGAUGAUUUUCUACCAAAGUUUGCAGAGUAUGGACGUGAAAAGUUUUUUUCAGAUUUUGCUGCUAAUUGCAAAUCUAUUAGAUGUACGGCUCCUGAAAGUGCUAAUAGUGGGGAGUUUACCCAGAAGACCAGUGUUUAUUAUUAUGGUCUGAUGCUUGUGGAGAUGAUAACUGGGAAAGAAACUGUUGCUGAUAUAGUUCAAUGGGUAGUACCUCAACUUAAAAGAGCUCAAUCUGACGGCAAUUAUGAUUUUAUCGACAAGAGAUUGAAGGAGUACAACAAAAUUGAAAUGGAUGGAAUGAUUGCUUGUGCCUUAGCCUGUUUAAGUGAUAAUCCACAAGAUCGACCAGAAAUGAAUCAGAUAAGAACGCAUGCUAUAAGGAAAUAUGACGAGGAUAUUCAUGAGACUUUAAAGGCUGCAGAGGCUAUAUUUCAGGCAGAGGCUAGAAUACUUAGUGGACCACAUGAGGACUUGAAAAGUUACCUAGCAGAGAUUAAUCAACUAAGAAGCAACAUUCACGUUUUCAGCAACAAUAAAAACUUUAAGAGUAGUGAGGCAGUGCUUGAUAAUGCAAAUAAUUUACUUGCUAAAGCUAUCUCAAAGCUAGAAGAGGAGUUCAAGCGGCUAUUGUCAUCUUACAGUAAGCCUGUGGAGCAUGAUCGCCUUUUAGAAUGCCUCCCUGAAUCUAAACAACCAUCAUCAGGGUCACCUGCAAAUCAUGAUAGUGGCAAAAUUCAUUAUGCUAAUAAUCAUUUUGAGCAGCAUAAUUCAGAAACUAGCGGUUUCAAAUAUCUUACUCUGAUACCUUCGAGGAUUCUAUGCUUGUUGCAUGAUUUAGCCCAACAAAUUGUUCAAGCUGGACACCAGCAAGAGUUGCUUAUAAUUUAUGGGGACAUUCGAUCUCCCUUUUUGGAAAAAAGCCUCCAUCUGUUGGGGGUUGAAAAACCUAGCGAAGAGGAUAUGCAGGUGAUGGAAUGGGAGUUGAUAGAGGCAAAGGCUAGCAGUUGGAUUAGUUUUAUGCGCAUUGCUGUCAAAGUCCUUUUUGCUGGAGAAAGAAGUGUCUGUGAUCAAAUAUUUGAUGGGUUUGAUACUUUAGCUGAUCAGUGUUUUGCUGGAUGUAGUGGUGGUAGCGUCUCAAUGCUUCUUAGUUUUGGGGAGGCAAUUGCCAAAGGCAAGAGAUCGCCAGAGAAGUUAUUUUUAUUUCUAGACAUAUGUGAGAUUAUGCGUGAACUUCACUCAGAGAUUGAGGCAGUUUUCAAUGGUAUGGCUUGCACUGAAAUUAGGGAAUCUACAUUUGGUUUGAUUAAACGGCUUGCACAAACAGCUCAAGCACAAUUUUAUGAUUUUGAAGAGGCAGUUGAAAAAGAUGCAACAAAAACAGCUUUAUUGGAUGGAACUGUCCAUCCUUUAACAAGCUAUGUGAUUCACUAUGUGAAGUUUAUCCUUGACUACCAAUCAACCUUGAAACAACUCUUCCAAGAAUUUGAAAGUGGAGGUGAAACAGGUUCACAGUUAGCUUCUUGGACAACACGAAUAAUGCAGGCUCUUCAAACUAAUCUUGAUGGGAAAUCUAAGCAGUAUAAAGAUCCAGCUUUGACUUACUUGUUUCUCAUGAACAAUAUUCACUACAUGGUUAGAAGUGUCAACAGAUCUAAAGUGAAGGACUUAUUAGGGGAUGAUUGGGUCCAAACGCACAGAAGGCUUGUGCAGAAUUAUGCAAAUCAGUACAAAAGGAGUGCUUGGGUAAAGAUUUUUCAAUGUCUCUCUGCACAAGCCCUAACCUCAUCAGUGGGUGGUAGUCAAGCACCUGGUGGGGGAGGAAGUAGAAGGGAAGCUUCAAGAGGGUUGGUUAAAGACAGGUUCAAGACUUUCAAUAUGCAAUUUGAGGAGCUUCACCAUAAACAAUCUCAAUGGACUGUUCCUGACACUGAGUUGCGUGAGUCGCUAAGGCUUGCAGUUGCUGAAGUCCUGUUACCUGCCUAUAGAUCUUUUGUGAAACGUUUCGGGCCUCUAAUUGAGACGGAGAAGAAUCCCCAAAAGUACAUUAAGUACUCGGUGGAGGAUUUGAAUACGAUGUUAGGUGAAUUUUUUGAGGGGAAGUUCUAAAUGUGAACCCAAGUGAUAGAUUUGAUAAUCUCUAAUGAAGGAUUGUGCGAUAGUUGACCACGUUCUCAACCAUUACAUGAUGAUGACUCCUUGAAAGUUAAACUGGUUCAGUUCCUUGACUCAUCAUGGUGACAAUCCCAUUAUAAGGUGACUAGCUGGUGGCAAUUAUGGUGUUAUGGACUUGAUACACCACUGCUUGUUGACUGUAAAGCAGUGUGGUAUAUGUGCUUAUAAGGCAAAAAAAAAAAGGAGGUUUAUGCAUUAUUCUCUUUUCUUCCUACAUAGUUUGAGUAUAAACAUAAGACAGGUAUCUUGAGUUCUUGACCAUAUUUUGCCACCUAAACUAUUUUGCUUCAAUUCUGCACAUAAUGGGAAGCCUUUUCUAUAUUUUGAGUGCA